UUUAGCUAACCACAACAUGGGCAAUUGAAUAAUAGUGAGACCCAUGUACACAAGCACAUUCAAAGACGGAAGCUCGUUCCAAAGCUCAUUCAUUCAAAUGGACUCAACAAUUUUCCACUCCCCAAAUUCUGCUCUCUCACCGGAAUCUUCCUUCGGGUCACCGGAUUCUUUCUCUUGGGAUGGCCUGAAUUUCGACCAUCCCAAUUGUUGUCUUCCUUUCAAUGAGAAUGACUCGGAAGAAAUGAUUCUUUUGGGUAUGCUUUCUAAGGCUAAUUACCAACAAACAUCAGAAACAUACUCGAACCAGAUUAAAGAAGAAGAGGUUAGUUCUGUAGAAGAAGAAAACCCCAAGAAGGAGAAGUCCUAUAGAGGGGUUCGGAGGCGGCCGUGGGGGAAGUUCGCUGCGGAGAUAAGGGAUUCUACAAGGCAUGGCAUAAGGGUAUGGUUGGGGACAUUUGACAGUGCAGAGGCAGCAGCUUUGGCAUAUGAUCAAGCAGCCUUUUCCAUGCGGGGUUCCUCGGCUAUACUCAAUUUUCCAAUUGAGAGAGUCCGGGAAUCGCUUAGGGAGAUGAACUAUGGCUCCUCCGAAGAUGGGUGUUCCCCUGUGGUGGCUCUUAAGAGAAAGCACUCCAUGAGACGGAAAAUUAUAAGCAAGAAAAGUAAACAGAGAGAUGUUAGGAUAGAGAAUGUGGUGGUGUUCGAGGAUUUAGGUGCAGAUUACUUGGAAGAACUGUUGAGUUCGUCUGAGAUUGGUAGGAGGCCAGGGUGAGUCAAUAUCAACCACUUCCCUGCCUCAUCUGAAUUAACCUUUCCUCCUGUAAUCUUCCAGCUGGCCUUGUGUUCUUCUUUUAAUUUUUAUUUCUUUUUUUCUUUCUUCUUCCAAGAUUUCAUUGUAAUGGUAGGGAUCAUGAUCAUGCUCUGAAGUCAUUGAAAUCUUUAUCCUUUUUUUUGCUUUUGUAAAGGUCGAAU